GUGCUGGCUCCCGGCCCGGGUCCAGAAGGGGAGCAGCGGCCCGAGGGGGAGCCCUUGGCCCCAGACGGCAGCUCCCCGAACAGGUCCCAGACUCAAGCCGUGGCUCCUGAGGCGAGCCCAGAGAGAAGCUGCUCUCUCCACAGUUGCCCCCUCGAGGACCCUUCCAGCUCUUCAGGACCUCCACAGACAACUUCCACUCUCCAACCUGUGGGACCAUCCAGUCCCUUGGCCCCUGUCCACUUUACCUAUCCCCGGCCACCGCAGGAAUACCAGGGGGGCAGUUCCCUGCCAGGACUCGGGGACCGGGCAGCCCUAUGCUCUCAUGGUCCCAACUUCAGCCCUUCCCCAGCCCCAUCACAAUGCGAUGGGGCCUGGAAGCCACCUUCUGUGCAGCAUCAUGUGGUCAGCGUCAGGCAGGAACGGGCCUUCCAGAUGCCAAAGAGUUAUUCCCAGCUGAUUGCCGAAUGGCCAGUGGCCGUGCUGCUGCUGUGUCUGGCUGUCAUUCUCCUCUGUACCCUGGCUGGACUGCUGGCAGGCCAGCUGCCUGACUUCUCCAAGCCGUUGCUGGGAUUCGAGCCUCGGGACACAGACAUCGGCCGCAAGCUAGUGGUCUGGAGAGCACUGCAGGCCCUCACGGGGCCCCGGAGGCUGCUUUCCUUUUCUCCAGACCUUGAACUGAAUAGCUCAAACCCCCACACCACUCUGAGCCCUGCCUCCUGGGGCAGUGCCCAGGAGGGUGCUGCCCGGCCUCGCAGGAUGGUGGAGCCCCUGGAAGACAGAGGGCAGGAAAGCUUCUUCUGUGGUCCCCCUGAGAAGAGCUACGCGCAGCUGGUGUUCAUGUCCAACUCUGCGGGCAGCCUGUGGGACCUGCACGCCAUCCAUGCCAUGUGCCGCAUGGAGCAGAACCAGAUCCGCUCCCACACCCACUUCGGGGCUCUGUGCCAGCGAACGGCAGCCAACGAGUGCUGUCCCAGCUGGUCCCUGGGCAACUAUCUGGCUGUGCUCUCCAACCGCUCAUCCUGCCUGGACACCACCCAAGCUGACGCUGCGCGCACACUGGCCCUGCUGCGCGCCUGUGCCCCCUACUACCACCGCAGUGCCCUGGUGCCCUCUUGUCUUGGGCCCAGGCAGGACAAGCCCCCACGCUGCGCCCAGGUCCCCACCAAGUGCUCCCAGAGCAGUGCCAUCUAUCAACUCCUACACUUUCUGCUGGACCGGGACUUCCUGAGCCCCCAGACUACCGACUACCAGGUACCCUCCCUCAAGUACAGCCUGCUCUUCCUGCCCACCCCAAAGGGUGCCUCCCUGAUGGACAUCUACCUGGACCGCCUAGCCGCGCCCUGGGAGCUGUCUGACAACUACACCGCCGUCACCGGCAUGGACCUGGGCCUCAAGCAGGAGCUGCUGAGGCACUACCUGGCCCAGGACACGGUGUACCCCUUGCUGGGCCUGGCUGCCAUCUUCUUCAGCAUCGGCUUCUAUUUGCGCUCUCUCUUCCUCACGUUCAUGGUGCUGCUGGGGACCCUGGGCUCCCUGCUGGUUGCCUUCUUUCUUUACCAAGUGGCCUUCCGCAUGGCCUACUUCCCCUUCGUCAAUCUGGCGGCCCUCGUCCUGCUCAGCAGCGUCUGCACCAACCACACGCUCAUCUUCUUCGACCUCUGGCGCCUCAGCAAGAGCCAGCUGCCCUCGGGGGGCCUGGCGCAGCGCGUGGCUCGCACCAUGCACCACUUCGGCUACCUGCUGCUGGUCUCCGGGCUCACCACCGGCGCGGCCUUCUACGCCAGCUACCUGAGACGCCUGCCGGCCGUGCCCACGCUGCCGCCACCGCACGGCCAGGUCUUCCGGCCUAGCCACCCCUUCGAGCGCUACGACGCAGAGUAUAUCCAGCAGUUCCUGUUCGAGCAGCCGCCUCAGGGCGAGGGCGGCCAGAUGCCUGUGGUUUUGGUGUGGGGCAUUUUGCCCCUGGACACUGGCGACCCCCUGGACCCUCGUAGCAACAGCUCACUGGUCAGGGACCCUGGCUUCUUAGCCAGUGGCCCCGAGGCCCAGCGCUGGCUGCUGGCACUGUGCCACCGGGCUCGGAAUCAGAGUUUCUUUGGUGCCCAGCCGGAGGGCUGGCCCACGCUGUGCUUUGUGGAGGCCCUCCAGAGUUGGAUGGAAAGCCCUAGCUGUGCCCGCCUGGGGCCUAACCUCUGCUGUGGCUACUCAGGCUUCCCCUGGGCCCCCCAGCUUUUCCUGCACUGCCUCAAGAUGAUGGCUCUGGAGCAAGGUCCCCAUGGCACCCGUGACCUGGGACCCCGCUUUGAUGCCCAUGGCAGCCUGGCUGCCCUCGUCCUGCAGUUCCAGACCAACUUCCAGUACAGUCCAGAGUAUGGCCAGGUCCACCACUUCUACACUGAGGUCAGCCGCUGGCAGGCAGCAGAGCUGGCCAUGGCACCUCCAGGCCUGCGGCACGGUUGGUUCACCAGCCGUCUGGAGCUGUACAGCCUGCAGCACAGCCUGAGCACUGAGCCUGCCGUGGUGCUGGGCCUGGCUCUGGCACUGGCCUUUGCUACCCUGCUGCUGGGUACCUGGAAUGUUCCGCUCAGCCUGUUCUCCGUGGCAGCUGUGGCAGGCACUGUCCUGCUCACUGUGGGACUCCUGGUUCUCCUGGAGUGGCAGCUCAACACUGCUGAGGUCCUCUUCCUCUCGGCCUCCGUGGGCCUCUCGGUAGACUUCACUGUCAACUACUGCAUUUCCUACCACCUGUGCCCACACCCGGACCGCCUAAGCCGCGUGGCCUUCUCGCUGCGCCAGACCAGCUGUGCCACGGCAAUGGGGGCCGCAGCCCUGUUUGCAGCCGGCGUGCUCAUGCUGCCCGCCACCGUGCUGAUCUAUCGCAAGCUGGGCAUCAUCCUCAUGAUGGUUAAGUGCGUCAGCUGUGGCUUCGCCAGCUUCUUCUUCCAGUCUCUGUGCUGUUUCUUCGGGCCAGAGAAGAACUGUGGGCAGAUCCUCUGGCCCUGUGCCCACCUGCCUUGGGAUGCUGGAACUGGGGAGUCCAGUGGGGAGAAGGCAGGCCGCCCACGACCAGGGCCAGUGGGAGGGGCGCCUGUGUCCUGCUCGGAGCACUAUGAGCUACAGCCCCUGGCCCGGCGCCGGAGCCCCAGCUUUGACACCAGCACAGCCACUAGCAAGCUGUCUCACCGCCCCUCAGUUCUCUCAGAGGACCUGCAACUACACGAUGGCCCCUGCUGCUCCCGGCCCCCACUAGCCCCUGCCUCCCCAAGGGAGCUGCUCCUGGACCACCAGGCCGUCUUCAGCCAGUGCCCAGCCCUGCAGACCUCCUCCCCCUAUAAGCAGGCUGGGCCUAGCCCCAAAACCCGGCACAGGCAGGACUCCCAAGGGCAGAAGUCUGAGCCCCCACAGACCUCCCCAGAAGCCCCAGCCCACUCCCCCAAGCCCAAGGUUGUAGAGCCUCCCGAUGGUCUCUGCUCCUCAGCCAGUACCCUGGAGGGGCUCAGCGUCUCCGAUGAGACCUGCCUCAGCACCUCGGAGCCCAGUGCCCGAGUUGCAGAUUCCAUGGGUGUCUCCCCAGAGGAUCUGGAUGACACUGGGCAAGUAGUACCAGAGCGGGGCCAGCUGAAUGGGAAGCGGGACACGCUGUGGCUGGCGCUGAGGGAGACUGUGUACGACCCAUCACUGCCUGCCUCCCACCAGAGCAGCUCGUCCUGGAAGGGCCGAGGGGGCCCUGGGGAUGGCAGCCCCGUGGUGCUGCCCAACAGCCAGCCAGACCUGCCAGAUGUUUGGCUGCGCAGGCCCAGCACCCACACCUCGGGUUACAGCAGCUGAGGGAGGCCCAGCGAGGCCAAACCGGGGUGCAGCACCCUUUCAGGGAUGACCAAGCAGGAGUAGCACCAGCUGGAGCCUGAAGGUAUCUCUCCACCAUGGAGAGGUCUCACUCUCCGGCUGUGGAUUUGAAACCCUGCCAAACGUUCCAGCCCUGAUCUGGCUGCGGCUUACUCCUCACAUCUGGAGGAUUUAGCGGGGAGGGUCAUCGGAGAGGAACAUCAGGCUCUCCUUGUGACCUGCUGAGGGCUCGUCUGCCCCCACGGCACCAACCAGGACCCCCUCCUCUGGAAAGAGGAAAAGCCAGAUGUGUAGCUCCAGGUUUUGGAGGGGUUGACCUGGACCUCUCCCCAGUGGCAAGAAGUUCAGUGAGACCAAGGGCUUAUCCUUGGGACCCUGCCAGGGUACCUUACUGACCAGAAGAGCCUGGGGAACCCCUACAGCCUCCUGGGCCUCAUCCCUUUGGAGGGCUCUUCAUCAGGACACUUUUCUCUCUUUGGGGGGUUCUCUGGGCCAGAACUGGGCUGGAGCCUCCAUCCUGAACUGCCAUGCUGCCCUCACACCAUCUGACCAGAAAUUCUCCAAGGCCAGGCAGAGGUGACUGCUGGGAGUGACGCAAGAGGAGGGAUGUCAGCCUCGGAGCCUCCCGAGAUUGCAGGACAGUCCCUUGGGAAGCAGGCUCUGCUGCUCCCUCCUGUUAGAACAGUGAUCCUUGACGCCCCUGGACCUGUCAGCCUUUUCGUAACCUCUCAGCUUCACUCUGGGCUGGCCUGCAGGUGGCCAGGCUCUCACUCCCGAUCUGCAGGCAGAGAUGCUGAGCUAAGAAGGCGCCCGAGUUUCCAGAGUCACACACUGGGACAUGGCAGAGCAGGUUUCUGGCUCGUUCCACCCUGUAGCUCCCAGUCCCCUCCUAGCUACCUGCCUCAGGGACGUUGGUCUGUGGCUGUCCCGAUCCUUUACCAACCCUCCCUCUCCCUCUGGGCCUCCAUCUCCAGACAGACCAUUACUCUGAGCAAACCCUGGAGUUCCUCCCAGCUCCCCUGUGCUUCCCACUGGAAUCCGGCUGAGGUGCCUCCCAGCUAGGGGUCGUCAGGCUGGUCUGGCCCUCAGGCCUCAGGGUCAUCCUCUUCUAUGGCCGUCAUGUAUGGAGAGACCCUGACGGCGAGAUACUGAGAGGUGGAAGAAGCUGAGUAGAAUCCAGGUGAGGCAGGAGCUCAGAUGUGGCCUUUGAGGAGUGCGUGAGUCUGCAGCUUCUCCCCAAGUCGGGCUCCCCAGGUGCCUAAGGACAGGUCUCCUUUGGGGGCCACUCAGCUGACCAAAAGCUGACUCCCCUUCCCCAAAGCAAAGUGUCUUUGACCAAGCUGUGCUGGUGUCAAACCUCUGGGAAGUUUGAUCCCGUGCGAGAGCUCCUACGCUAGGUAGCAUCAAUAAGGUUAUUGCAUAAGGUAUUAUGAGGAUACAGAGGUGUGAAAGGAAAAUGGAACAUUUGCCCUCAACAAGCUUACUUUCCAGCUGAGAAGACAUUUUAUGUACACACGCAAGCACUGGAACUCAACCUGCACUGGGUCACCAGGAAGGCUUCCUGGAGGAGGAGUGACUUGAAGCAGGCUUCAGAACAUCAAUGACCUCAGACUGGAAAGGGCCUUAGUGAUCAUCUAUUCCAGCAGUUUUUAAACUUUGUAGCCUCAGGACCCUUUCUUCAAAGAACCCGUGUGUGGAAACACAAUAUGUAAAAUGGAUGAAAGACAACUAUUCUAGGGGAGCCGGGCCUCCCUUUCUACUGAAGCCUCUCCGGGGCGCCUGAGGAACCCUUCAGGCUCCUGUCAGCUCCACAGAAUGCCGUGAAAUGUGGCCACUGGUCUAAGCCACUUUACAGAUGAGUGGCAGAAAAGGGAAGGGAUUUUUUCCCAGGACCGGAUAGUCCAUGGCAGAGCUGGAGGCCGAUCUGAGGGCAUUGCAUUUUCAUUUGUUUUGUCCCCCCUGUUAUUUAUUUAUUUAUUUUUAAAUUUUAUUUAUUUAUUUAAGUCCCCCCUGUUAUUAAGACCUACCUCCCACCACAAGAAGCUCAGAAGAAGUGAAGCAGAAACCCAAAUGAGACAAGGGCCUUGUGGAAGAGACCAAAGACAGUGGCCGGAAUGACAGGAUACCCUGGCUGCAUGCGAGAUAGGUAAAUUGAGGUAACUAACUCCUGAGCCCCCAAUGGGAGGCAGUGACUAGGAUCUCAUUUGGAUCUGCCCCAGGGGUCUGCUGGGGCCUCUCUCUUCACGUCCAAGUAGCAGCCAGCCUCUCCAGCCUAGGACUGCUCAUCCGGCCCUGUCUUUUCUGCAGCACCGUGGACACGUUCCUCUGUUGUCACAUAGCUGGGCCGAGAGCAUCCGGGCCUCAUCUGGGACAAUGAGCCCAGGGAGGACAAAGUGACCUUUCCUCCUGAGCAUGAGUGAAGUCCUGCCUUGACUCAAAAGAGAAUCCAGCAUCUUAGUUGCUUCUCCUCAACUCACCUAAGGUCUUUCACCCGUGCUAUGGGAGACAGCAGGUACUUGGACUCAAAAGAAUCUUCUCCCUCCGUCGUUUCUCGCAAAGGGUAUUUGGGACUGCAGCUUCGCACACUUUGCCUGAAUAUAGGAAUGUUAGAGCAAGU